CUUUUGCUUGAUUCUUCCUUUUCCGCAAAUCGCAAUACAGAGGUUAGGGUUCCAUCCUCUUCCAGGAGCAAUGGCUGAUCGAUUGACUCGAAUUGCCAUCGUCAGCUCCGAUCGUUGCAAGCCCAAGAAAUGUCGUCAGGAGUGUAAGAAGAGCUGCCCUGUUGUUAAAACAGGUAAAUUGUGUAUUGAAGUUACACCUGCAUCUAAGAUUGCCUUUAUCUCUGAAGAGUUAUGUAUUGGAUGUGGUAUUUGUGUCAAGAAAUGCCCGUUUGAAGCCAUUCAGAUCAUCAACUUGCCAAAAGAUCUGGAUAAAGAUACAACCCAUCGAUAUGGCCCAAAUACCUUCAAGUUGCACAGGCUUCCAGUUCCAAGACCUGGACAGGUUCUUGGCUUAGUUGGAACAAAUGGCAUUGGGAAGUCAACUGCCCUCAAAGUUUUGGCUGGGAAGUUGAAACCUAAUUUGGGUCGUUUCAAUAAUCCUCCUGAUUGGCAAGAAAUACUGACAUACUUCCGAGGAUCUGAGCUGCAGAACUAUUUCACCCGUAUCUUGGAGGACAAUCUGAAGGCAAUCAUUAAACCCCAGUAUGUUGAUCACAUUCCAAAAGCAGUCCAAGGCAAUGUUGGACAAGUUCUUGACCAAAAAGAUGAGAGAGAAAUGAAGGCAGAACUUUGUCUGGACCUUGAGUUGAAUCAGGUUAUAGAUCGAAAUGUGGGGGACUUAUCAGGUGGAGAGCUUCAGAGAUUUGCUAUCGCUGUUGUAGCCAUACAAAAUGCAGAGAUAUAUAUGUUUGACGAACCUUCCAGUUAUCUUGAUGUGAAGCAAAGGCUUAAAGCUGCCCAAGUUAUCCGAUCUUUGCUCAGGCCUAACAGCUAUGUCAUUGUUGUGGAGCAUGAUCUUAGUGUCCUAGAUUACUUAUCAGACUUUAUUUGUUGCUUAUAUGGGAAGCCGGGAGCCUAUGGAGUUGUGACCCUUCCUUUCUCUGUUAGGGAAGGAAUUAAUAUAUUCUUGGCUGGGUUUGUCCCUACAGAGAAUCUAAGAUUCCGGGAUGAAUCUCUUACCUUUAAGGUUGCAGAAACUCCACAGGAAAAUGCAGAGGAGGUUCAGACAUAUGCACGAUAUAGAUAUCCCACCAUGAGUAAAUGUCAGGGUAAUUUUAAGCUUCGUGUGAUUGAGGGUGAAUUUACUGAUUCCCAGAUUAUCGUAAUGCUGGGUGAGAAUGGGACAGGGAAGACAACAUUCAUCCGAAUGCUGGCUGGUCUACUAAAGCCCGAUGAAGUUGAGGGUUCUGAUGUGGAAAUUCCUGAAUUCAAUGUUUCUUACAAGCCCCAGAAAAUAAGUCCAAAAUUUCAAUCUACAGUCAGACAUUUGUUACAUCAAAAAAUCCGUGAUUCAUAUAUGCAUCCCCAAUUUGUGUCAGAUGUCAUGAAGCCUCUUCUAAUUGAGCAACUGAUGGAUCAGGAGGUUGUGAAUCUCUCUGGUGGGGAGUUGCAAAGAGUUGCAUUAUGCCUAUGUCUUGGAAAGCCAGCAGAUAUUUACUUGAUAGAUGAACCAAGUGCUUAUCUUGAUUCGGAGCAGCGUAUUGUUGCUUCUAAAGUUAUAAAGAGGUUUAUCCUACAUGCUAAGAAGACUGCUUUUGUGGUGGAGCAUGACUUCAUAAUGGCAACUUAUCUGGCAGACAGAGUUAUUGUGUACGAAGGAAAACCAUCUAUUGAUUGUACUGCCAAUGCUCCGCAGUCCUUGUUGACUGGGAUGAACCUUUUCUUAUCUCAUCUGGAUAUUACAUUUAGGCGGGACCCAACUAAUUAUCGACCACGAAUAAACAAAUUGGACUCAACGAAGGACAGAGAGCAAAAGGCUGCUGGGUCCUACUACUACCUGGAUGAUUGACAGUUUGGGAUGGAGGUUAUCCUCACUCUAUUUAUCUUAUGUAAGAUUAAACAAGCAUGAAGCCAUGAAGAUGUUACACCAUUUACUGAGCCUGGGUGGGUUAUCUUCUAAGACCCAACGCUGGACCUUGGUUUUCAGAGGUAUUUUCAGGUUAUGUAAGAUUAAGAGGGCGUACAGUUCAGCUAGUUAUGGAGCUUGGUUUAUUUUUCUUCUGAGAUUCAGACAAAGCCCAAACCUUUUGGUAUAUGGGAAACCAUCUAUAUAUAUUCUAGUUUCAAUGGAUUUUUCUUUUCUAGUUUAGCUGGUUCUGUUUGCAAGUUGUUAGGUUGGUGAAUUUAGGGGUUACGUUAUCGACUCUGCUCUUCUUUCUUACUUUUUCACUGAGUGGAAGGCUCUGCUGAAAGAGAAAAACUUGAGUUGAAGGUAUUUUUCUUCAGAAAGUAUAUGAGAACAACAAUGUUGGAAACAAAGCUUGUGCUUUUGUAGCAAAUUUUGGAUAGUUUCUAUAUUGCCCCAAUCUAAGAGAGUGAAGUGUUCAAGAAUGGUUUGAUCUUC